AACACAGAGCACGAUAAACUGGACUGACAUGUGUCGGGGAGAGCUCACUUGAUUAAUCUGACAGGGUGUCAUCCAUCAACACCUCAGGAUAUCACACACACAGGGCUCAAAGUGCAUCAAAGCGUACAAGGCAGCAAUCCAAAAACAACUUUUCACCAUCAAGAUGUCAAACACGGGCGGUCGGAGGCUGAAGCAGUGGCUGAUGGAGCAGAUCCAGAGCGCUCAGUACUCCGGACUGCAGUGGGAGGAUGAAAGCCGCACUAUGUUCCGAAUCCCCUGGAAACACGCAGGGAAACAGGAUUACAACCAAGAAGUAGACGCAUCCAUUUUUAAGGCCUGGGCUGUGUUUAAAGGCAAGUUUAAGGAGGGGGACAAGGCUGAGCCUGCGACAUGGAAGACCAGACUUCGUUGUGCCCUGAAUAAAAGCCCUGACUUUGAGGAGGUGACAGAUAGGUCGCAGCUGGACAUCUCUGAGCCCUACAAAGUCUACCGCAUUGUACCCGAGGAGGAGCAGAAGCAUGGCAAAAGCUCAGUGAUGGCCUUGGCAGCUAACACCAGCUCUGGUGAUAUCACUGACAUGGACUGCAGCCCUCCAGAGAUAGAGGAGUUUAUUAAAGAUGAAGAAGGCUGUAGCAUCCAGGCCAGUCCGGAGUACUGGUCCCAGGGCAGCAUCAAUGCUUUUCCUCUGCAUCAGGACCCUUUGCCGUCAGGCAGUCUCAGCUCAGCUUUUUCCCAAAUGAUGAUCAGUUUCUACUACGGAGGAAAGCUAAUGCACACCACACAGGUUACUCAUCCUGAAGGCUGCCGCAUCUCCCCACAACAGCACCUGGGUCGUGGCACCCUGUACAGUUCAGACAGCAUGCAAAGUGUUAAUUUCCCCCCCGCUGAGGUCAUCGAGUACGACCGCCAGCGUCAUGUCACGCGCAAGCUCCUGGGCCACCUGGAAAGAGGCGUACUGGUCCGUGCAAACCAAGAGGGCAUCUUUAUCAAGCGGCUGUGCCAGAGCCGUGUGUUCUGGAGCGGGCUGGGAGAUGUGGGCUCACCAUUCAGCCCAAUGGCUUGUAAACUUGAGAGGGAUGCUGUAGUCAAAAUUUUUGACACAGGGAAGUUUCUUCAAGCUCUACAGUUGUACCAGGAGGGUCAGUUUCCUGCUCCUGAUCCGACAGUGACUCUGUGUUUUGGAGAGGAGCUCCAUGAUCUCAGCAAUGCAAAGAGCAAACUGAUCAUUGUGCAGAUCACUGUGGUGAACUGCCAGCACCUGCUGGAGGCGGUGAACAUGCGUCGCUCCCAGCCCUACUGCAACAACCCAAACCUAGAGAUGCCUGAUAAUGUGGCCAGUGACCAGAUGGCCCGCAUCUACCAGGACUUGUGCAGCUACAGCAUCCCCCAGAGGUCAUCCUGCUACAGGGACAACAUGUCCAUCACUGCCUGAACUGUGAGCAGCAACACACCUGCCAGGAGCUCUCCAGCAUGCACCAGACUGAAUGUACAACAUAUUAGGGACAUCCCAUAUUUUACUGACAUACACGGACAAGUUGAAUUUGGAUAAAAACCAGUAUCGCAAUUAGUUUUAACUUUUCACAUUUCUACUAAUUACAGUAAGGAGGAGAAAAUAUUGUACAACAAAAUCUUAAAGCUGCAAAACUGCAGCUCAAUUUUAGGAUGUCCCUAAUAUUUUGAACAUUGAUGAUGAUUAUUUUUUAUUUUAA